AUGGCGUGGCAACCAAUGGAGAAGGGCGAGGACAACUUCGACGUCGUCAUCGUCGGCGCCGGAAUAUCAGGCAUCAACUUCGGGUACCGUCUCCAGGAGCGAUGUCCUAACCUGUCCUACACCAUCCUCGAAGGCCGCCACGAGCUGGGCGGUACGUGGAGUCUGUUCAAGUACCCCGGCAUCCGAUCCGAUUCAGAUCUCUUCACCUUCGGCUUCUCGUGGCGACCAUGGAGCGAGAAGACGUCGAUCGCGCAGGGCGACUUGAUCAAGCAGUACUUGAAGGACUCGGCGGCGCAAGAGGGCAUUGACAAGCACAUCACAUUCAACACGAAGGUGAACAGCACCAACUACAACUCCACGGAGAAGACAUGGACGCUGCAGACUACACAGAAUGGCUCAGAGAAGAGAUCGUUCAAGUGCCGAUUCAUGCUCAUGUGCACUGGCUACUACGACUACGAGACGCCCCUCGCAGCCUCUAUCCCCGGCCUUGACAACUUCCAAGGCGAGGUCAUCCACCCCCAAUUCUGGCCCGAGGCCCUCGACUACAGCGGCAAGGAAGUCGUCAUCAUCGGCUCAGGCGCAACCGCAAUCACAGUCCUCCCCGUAAUGGCCGAGACAGCCAAGAAAGUCACCAUGCUGCAACGCUCACCCAGCUACAUCAUGGCCGUCCCCCAAGAAGACGCCUUCGAGAAAGUCGUCCGCAAAGUCUUCUGGUGGUUCCCAGCAGCCCAACACGCCAUCAUCCGCAUCAAGUGGAUCAUGAUGCCCCUCCUCCUGACCUCCUACUCCGCCAAAUACCCCAAGAAAAUGCAGCAACUAAUGUACAAACUCACCCAAAAGCAACUCCCCGGCUCAAUACCUCGCGAUCCCCACUUUACCCCGAAAUACUACCCCUGGGAGCAGCGCAUGUGCAUGUGCCCCGACGGCGACUUCUACAAAGCUCUCCACAAGGGCGUAGCCACCAUCGAGACCGGCGUAAUCAAAGAAGUCACAACCAACGCCAUCAAGCUCGAAAGCGGCACCGAACUCAACCCGGACAUCAUCGUCACCGCAACCGGCCUCAAGCUCCAAUUCGCCGGCGGCAUGAACGUCUCCAUCGACAACAAGCCCUACGACUGCAGCGAGAAAUUCGUCUGGAAAGGCGUCAUGCUCGAGGACAUGCCCAACGCCGCCUUCGUGGUAGGCUACGUCGACGCAUCCUGGACUCUCGGCGCCGACGCUACGGCCCAGACUAUCACGCGCAUGAUCAACCAGAUGAAGCGCGAGGCUGUCGUGGAGGUUACGCCGCAUAGGUCCGCGGAGGAGGUUAAGAAUAUGCAGGAGAAGAGCUUGUUGAGGUUGAACAGCACGUAUGUGACGAAGGGCAAGAGCGUGCUGCCGAAGGGAGGGGAUCGGGGACAGUGGAUGCCGAGGGCGAGUUAUAUUAGGGAUAUUAUGACGGCGUGGUAUGGGGAUAUUAAGACGGGGACGACUUGGGUGAGGGGUGUAUCAGAAUCUCGUUUCGUUGAGUACUGA